AUGGUAUGGGCAAUGAUCACCUUCAUCAAGAGCAUCUGGCAGGCUUUCACUGGCCCACUGAGCCACUAUCCCGGCCCAAAACUCCGGGCCAUCAGCAUCCUCCCCAAAGCAUGGAACGAGUUCAUCGGCGACGAUACCACAGUCGUGCCCUCCCUACAUGCCCAAUACGGCCCGAUAGUCCGCAUCGCUCCCCGCGAACUCUCCUACAGCGACGGCAGCACCGCCUUCAAAGAGAUCUACGGCUUCCGCAAGUCCGGCCCGAACCUCUACAAAGAUCCAGCGUUCUAUGCCACGCCGUUGAAUGGCAUGGAUAACAUGAUCACGGUGCUCGAUGAUGCAUCGCACGGGAGACAGAGGAAGGCAUUUACUCAUGCGUUUGCUGAGAAAUCCAUGAGGGAUCUCGAGCCCAGGUUGAAAUUCUGGGCGGAGAAAAUGGUCGCGAAAUUGGACGCACAUGCCAAUGGGAGGGAUGCGAUCGAUAUGGUCAAGUACUUCAAUUGCACCACCUUCGACAUCAUGGCCGACCUGAGUUUCAACGAAAGCCUCAACCUCCUCGACAACGCCCAACUCACGCCCUGGGUCCAAGCCAUCUUCGCCGGGAUCAAGCUCACCGCCCGCCUCCAAGCCUUCAAACGCCUCGGCGGCAUCCCCUCCGAGCUGAUCGACGACCUCCUCAUGAAAAGCCCGAUCGUCCAAGCGCAAUUCUGGAACCACUUCAACCAGUCCGUCCGCCGCGUCGAUCGACGCCUAGACCUGCAGCCGGAAAGACCGGAUCUCUGGAGCGCAGUACUCGACGAAGCCCACCGAGACGACCUCAGCAGACAGGAGCACUACUCCAACGCCUCGCUCUUCAUGAUCGCGGGCACCGAAACGACCGCCUCGGCGCUCAGCGGGAUAACGCAAAACCUCCUGGCCAAUCCAUCCUCCCUCACCGAGCUCGUCCACGAGAUCCGCACCGCGUUCCCGGACCCCGACGACGUGACCCUUCAGCAGUGCUCCAGCCUGCCCUACCUCUCCGCGGUGAUCUCCGAGGGUCUCCGCAUGUAUCCCCCGAUCCCCGGCACCGCACCCCGGAUCGUGCCCGAAGGCGGGACGGUCAUCGGGGGGAGAUUCGUGCCGGGGGGAACCGUCGUGGGCGUCCAUCAUCUCGCCGCGUACCGGAACCCCGAGCAUUUCCGAGAUCCCGACGCCUUCCGACCGGAACGGUGGCUGCGGGGGGAUGACUGUGAGGAGGAAGGGAUGGGGGACGAGGGGGUUUUCGGUCAGGAUCGCCUCGGUGCGGUCAUGCCGUUUGGUACUGGCCCGCGGGCUUGUCUGGGGAGAAAUCUGGCCUAUCAUGAGAUGCGACUGUUGCUGGUGACGACAUUGUUACGGUUUGACCUGGAGCUUUGUGCGGAGUCGAGAGGGUGGGCGGAGGGGCAGAGGAGUUGGUUGUUUUGGGAGAAGAAGCCGCUGCGGGUGGUCUUGAGGAGGUGUUGA